AUGGCAUCAUCGACAACGAGUGAAAACCUCAAGGAUGAAAUUUCUCGUCUCGUGACUUUGAAAAAACAAUUAAAAGAGAAAUGGAAUCCAAGAUUGUACUUGUCAUCACGUAUUCGUAAAAUUGCAAAAAGAUUCUCUAUUUCAAUUCCUCGUAAAUGUAAGAGAAGAAUUAGUUGGCAAACUGUGGAAGAGAUUCGAAAAUUAGCCAAAUGCAAUACUCAUCACAAUAGAAGAAGAACGGACAAAAGACGUCAAACACCUUCUUCUGAGAAGCAAACACCAAGACGUCCUCGUCCACCACGACAUCGAAGACCUCCUUCUCAACCAACAACACCAACAACACCUUCACAACCUGAGAAUCCAUCUGAGAGACCUUCACAACCUUCACAACCUGAGAAUCCACCAACACAAACAACACCUGAGAGACCUUCUCGCAAACCAACACCAACAACACCUUCAGAAAAUCCAACAACACCAGAGACACCAAUGAAUCCUCCUGAAGAAUCAACAAGACCUCCUUCUGAGAGACCUGAAGUACCAACAAGAAAACCAAGUCGAAGAAGACCUCGUCUUCCAAGAAAGCCAAGAAGACCUUCUCGCAAACCAAGAGACCUCGUCUUCCAAGAAAGCCAAGAAGAACUCCACGUAUUCCUCGUGUACCAAGAGUACCACCUCGCACACCAAGAAGACCACGUGUGCCAAGAAGAACACCAAGAAGACCACCAAGAGUACCACCUCGCACACCAAGAAGAAUACCACCACCAAGAACUCCACGUAGCAAGAGGUGAUCCUCACUAUGUCACAUUGGAAGGACAAGACAUUCUCUUCAAUGGUGUUGGUGAUUUCAUUUUGGCUGAAACUUUAGAUCAAUCCCUUAUUGCUCAUGUUCGUAUUUCCAAGUGGAGAGGAGAGAGAGGUACUGCUACAGUCAAUAAGGCCAUCGCUGUCAAGAUUGGUGCUGAUAUUAUUGAAUACAGUUCAUCAAGUGGUAAAUUCUAUUUGAAUAAGAAGAGAGCACGUUUUGCUAUUGGUAAAGAAUAUGAAUUGGAUGGAGGUUUCUUAAAGAGAAAGACUAAAAAUACUUUCAUAGUCAAAUCGGAUGAUGGUGUGGAAUUGUUUGGUGAAAAAUUUACUUUACAUGAUGGUCGAUCUUAUAUGGAUGUACAGGUGGAUGCACCAGAUCACAUUGAAUUCUCUCGUGGUUUAAUUGUGGAUGGUAAAGAUGGUGGCAGAGCUGCUAACCUUUUUAGAACUCAUCAACCAAGAAGAGUUUUGGAAAAGGAAGAAAUUGAAAUUCCUAAAUGGGCAAAGAAGGCUUGUGCCAAGAGAGGUUUGACUGGAAAGAAAUUGAAAGAUUGUGCCUAUGAUGCUACUGUUACUGGUAGAGAAUUUGCCAAGGAAAUUGCAAAGGAUGAAUCUAAAUUUAACAAAAAGUCUGACAAGGUGGUCAAGAAGGCAAUGAUUCCCAAGAAGUAG